CUAUGAAAGGGAAGUCACUAAGAACUUUCAAAGAGAGGCAUCUCAUAACGUGCACUGUUCCUCUUCCGACCAGUCCUACCUUACCUUGCAUCCGAUCAGGCGAAGAAGCAGCAGAAAACUCUCGCAAGCGUGCCAAAAGCAAUAGAGGGGACGAUCCAAGGGUCCUACGAAGAAUCCAAUCAGAGUUAUUCAUAGUCCGUCCUGUCCGCACUUCUAUCCACGAUGUCUGCAAAGGGCCCCUUCUGCUUCAUCGCGCCCCUGGGCCCGUGCGCCGUGUGCGGCGAGUCCGGCCGGGCGUGCUCCAAGUGCCGCGUCGACUACUACUGCGGCAAGGAGCACCAGAAGGCCCACUGGCCCCAGCACCGGGCCGGCUGCGGCAGCGUGGCGCUGCGUGGGGGAGCCCUCGUGGCGGCCAAGAACAUCCCGGCCGGCACCGCCAUCAUGCGCGAGCAGCCGUCGGUCGCCUUCCCCGCCUCGUUCCACGCGUUCGCGCAGGUCAAGUCCAUGACGGAUUGUAGUUUAAUGUGUCAUGUUGACGCGCGUCAAGCCCCGAGCCUGAAGGUGUUGUGUGUCGGGUGCUGCAUCGACUUGGACAGAUGGCUGUCCCAGUGCCGCCGCUGCGGGCUCCCCGUCUGUUCUGACGCCUGCAGCCGGUCCGUGGACCACCAAGUGGAGUGUCAGAUUUUCCAGCGUGCCAAGUUCGUUGUCCCCAAGGCUCAUCUCAGAAACGCGGACAUCCCACUCGGGGUCGUCGUGGCAACACUGCGAACAGCCACAGCAUGUGCCAGCAACUCACUGCUUCAACACCUAAAGCCGGAAACUGUAUUCAGUGAAAAUGCACCUAAGAUGUCGCCUUGGAUAGGCGUCACCACGAAGCUGGCGGCCCGAGUGGUGCGAUACCUGCGCCAGAAUGCGCGCAUCAAGUGGCUGUCCGAACGCGACCUGGAGCGCGCCGCCCGCCUGGCCACUGCGUUCGGGACUGUGACCGCCACGGAAGAAGGGAUGCCGGGGUUCUUGGGCGUGCUGUAUGCGGGAAUGUCCCUCAGGAACCACAGCUGCUUCCCUAAUUCCGCUGAUGUGACGAAGACCCCUGGCACUAGGGAGUUGCUUGCGGUGACAACGAAGGACGUUGUUGCUGGCGACUUCAUCACCGUUAGUCGUGAGUGCGGCAACUGGGUGGACAGCACAUACGAUCGCCGGCAGUCUGUGUUGAUUCGCUGGGGCUUCAUUUGUGGUUGCGAGCGCUGCGUCGACACCACCGAGCUUGGAAUGUACGUGGGCUCUCCCUGCUGUGCGGACUGUGCAGGGCAAGGGAAGCAGUGCUACGUGCUGCCUGUUGAUGAUCAUCAUAGUUCCUGGCGCUGCUGGGCCUGCAACAAGACAAUGACGUCAUCUCAGGUUAAUGAUCUCACUACAGCAGCAAAGAUCAAGCUGGCUCAACUUCGUGGAUCCUCACCCGACCAGUUGUUGAAGUUCAUCGAGGACAGUGUGUACCCACGGGGCCUCCUGCACCCCAGCCACUCAGUGAUGCUGCAUGCAAAGGAAGCCUUCAGAGCCAAAUUCUGGCACCCCAUGGCCGAGGAUUUCAUUAUGCAGGUUGGAGCGGACCGCUGGAAGGACGUGAUCCGCGAGCAGCUGCGAGUCUGGACCGACUGAUGCCCGGCGCCAAUGCCUGGCGCUUCAAAAUGGUGGCGGAGCUGCGCUUCCUCGAGCUGGGGAGUCUGCAGGCCGUCGUCUCCGAACGCGUCCGGACCGAGGAGACCGAGCGGAAGAUCAACACGCACAAGGAGAAGUUGUUGGACCUUAACAAGCAGCUGUGCAGCCUGAUCUUUAGCAGGGAUCAGGAAGGGCUGAAGAAAGCUUUGAUUGAAGAUCCAUUCACUGGCACCUUUGAUUUAGAGUAGUGGAAGACUAAUCUUCCAUCUCCAAGAUGAUUUAGAGUAGUGGAAGACUAAUCUUCCAUCUCCAAGAAUGUUGACACAUCGCUUUCUUCUUUCAAGUAAUUGUAGUAGGCCUUGCGAGGUGCCUUAAAAUGCUUUUUGUAUUGUUUGCCGAUAGGACUACUGUAUGAUGUAUCAAAGAACCUCUGACCAGAUUCACCAACACGUAUAUGAUUUUAGCUUCGUUCAUUUAAAACUAUCAGUCAUACGUCUUAAUUUAUCCUGGACCUCUUCUGAGGCGUGCAUGCACGUAAUGUUUGAUUGUAGAUGUCCGUGUUUGCUGUGUACAUGCUGAGAUGAGUGCUUAAGUGUGUAAUGAGUAGUCAUCAUAUCUAGACUUCGCAGAUGUGUAGACAUAUGUGGACUCCAAAGCACAUACAUGAAUGUGUUCUUCUAUAUUAUUGAACUCUGGGACACAGAAUAAGAAUAAACAGUUGAUGAUUUUGAA